AUGGCGGGAGCGAAGUCCACUGACGUCGUGAGGCUCCUGCUCCACGUGGAGGGGCAUGCGUUGCCUGACGUGGAGGGACGAUUGCUGCAUGACUUCGAGGCAACCAUGCGAGCACUGGGACACACUGUUGAGCGGCACUACAACGUCGACCAAGGUGUGCCUUCCCGCAUCCUCUGGGUGCUCAAUGAUUCGUCCGACUCGCCGGGUGCCAUACCGUACACAAACGACCCCAUCGCCGCGUACACACGACUCCAAACCAUGUGUGUAUACAUCGACCUGCUGUAUAUACACGGGAACUCCCCACACGCCCAGGACACAUACGACCAACUUCUUGCCUUGCCAUGGCACGAGACUGCAUACUGCUUUGAUUCCCCACGUGGCGAUUUGCAUCUGCUUGCCAAGGUCCUUGCAACCCUGCUUUCCAAUCCUUGUCAACGACGCUUAUCCCAGCCGGAAGCCGAACAGAUCAUGCGCAUCAUCUGA